AUGGCCUUUGUAUUUGCUGUAGAGGAGAUCAAUGAAAACCCCUAUAUCUUACCCAAUGUCACACUGGGCUGCCACAUAUAUAACAGCCAUUUCACCGCAGGCUGGACCUAUCAUGCCUCAGUGGAACUCCUCUCUGGACGGGGCAGACUCACCCCCAACUACAAGUGUGAUGGUGAGAGCACUCCAGUAGCAGCCGUUGGGGGACCAAACUCCGACUUAUGUCUCUACAUGUCAGCUGUCCUGUCCAUGUACAAGAUGCCACAACUCAUCUACGGCUCUUCUCCUGUGACAAAUAGCAACAUCCAAGGAGCUUUUCUCCAUCAGAUGUUCCCAAAGGGGUCUCAUCAAUAUAAGGGGAUUCUCCAGCUCCUGCUGCAUUUCAGAUGGAUAUGGAUUGGGGUGUUAUCUCUCAAAGACGACACUGGAGAGAUGUUUGUACAAAAUGUUCUUCCCAUGUUUGCCGAGAGAGGCAUUUGCGUUGCUUUUCAAGAAACAUUUCCUAAACUAACAUUUUCCAGUGAGUUUUAUGAAACACUUGAGGAAGGUUCAAAAGCAUUGGAUAUUAUUAUGGAAAGCUCUGCCAAUGUUGUGCUUGUGAAUGGUGAAAUUCAUACCAUGAUGGUAAUGAGGGCCAUGCUCAACCUUCAAGGAACAGAUGAUAUACCAAUGCAAUCCAAGACAAAGGUCUGGAUUAUGACAGCACAGAUGGAUUUCGCUUCGUGUUCAUUUGUGAAAUAUUUGGACAUACAAGUCUUCCAUGGAGCUCUAUCCUUUGCAGUCCACUCAAAGGAGAUUCCUGGAUUCCAGAAAUUUCUUCAGAUGAGAAAUCCUAACUUGGAAGUUGAAGAUGGCUUUAUCAGAGACUUCUGGGAAGCAGCAUUUGAAUGUGUUUUCCCUCAUCCAUCUCUAGAGAAAGCACACAACAAAUGUUGCACUGGGGAGGAGAAGCUAGAGGACCUUCCUGCAUCUGUUUUUGAAAUGAAGACAAGUAGCCACAGCUAUGCCGUCUACAAUGCUCUAUAUGCUCUUGCACAUGCUCUGAAUGCUAUGCAUCACCACACAAUAAAAUACAGAGCAAUGGCAGAAGAAGAGAAAUGGGAUUUCCUAAGUCUACACUCCUGGCAGGUAAUGAGAGAUUCCAACAUAGGGUUGCCAUAUGUCCAGAUUUUCCCUGACAUAUACAGAAUACUGCAGCCAGCAGCAGUGUCUGGGCAGAAAUUGGUCAAAUGUCUAAGUAAUCGGUCAAAUGUCAGCAGUGCCGUUUUUGCUGAUUUUCCAUAA